AUGAUGAGCUUUACUACAGUAACAGCUUCACUUCUCUGCAGCCUCAGCUGGAUCUCCGUCUCAGUUUCUAAGUCUUGGAAUGUGGAGGUUCAGCCUGGGGAAGACGUCACUCUGCUGUGUUCCAACUUUUCCAGUACCCCCUCUCAGAUAUAUUGGUUCAGAGCGGUCCAGAGAUCCCAGCCCCGCUGUGUCUCCUUCAUGUUCGAGGCUCCUGAGCCUGCUAGACUCUGUGAUGGAUUUCAAAAUGGAAAAUUUGAAAUGACAUCCGACAUAUCUACUGUUUUCCUCAAAAUCAAACAAGUGAAUUCAUCCGACUCUGGGCUGUAUUUCUGUGGAUAUAUCAUAACAAAAAACCCGGUAAUUGUCGAUGCGACAUAUUUAGAGGUUCAAGCAGAGUCUGAUGGAACAGCAAAGCUGAUGAGUUUGAUCCUGGGAGCUCUGACUGUUCUCCUCUUAAUGGUCAUCAUUGGUCUGGUUGUUACAAUCAGGAAACUUCAGAAAGCUGCCAAUGAAGAACAGAAUCCACAACAGCCUGAGAACUGGGCCUCUGAAGAGCUGAACUACGCAGCUGUGGCUUUCCGUCCAAAAACAAGAAAAACAAGAGAAGUGGAGCCCAAUGUUGUGUAUGCUUCUACUAGAUGGACUCAGGAAGCAACGAGAAAAGCUGUUUAG